UGAGGACAAAGGCAGCUGUGAUUUGGGGUGAAGUAUGCUAGACGUGGAGGCACACUGGGCCCUUGGGAACCCAACUGGGGGACCUGGCCUGGCCCAGCCCUUGGGGUCAGAGAUUUCCCAGGGAGAUGACUUCCAAGUUGAGUGUUGGAACACAAAUAUCAGUGAGGUGGGUGAGAAGAAGGGCUUUUAUCCACGAUGUUUGCAGGACACUCAUUCUCUCUUGUGUCCCCAGUCUCAGCAGGGACACAGGAGAGAAUGAGGCCAGAAGCUGUGGUUCUAGUGUGAGACAGCCAAGCCACAGAGAAUCAAAAUUUAGUGUGGCAAUGAACAGCCUGGGUCUAGAGUCAGAUUAAUUUUUUUUAAAUUAUAUUUUUUGAGACAGAGUCUCGCUCUGUUGCCCAGGCUUGCACCACCACGCCCGGCUAAUUUUUGUAUUUUUAGUAGAGACGGGGUUUCACCAUGUUGCCCAGGCUGUCUUGAACUCCUGACCUCCAGUGAUCCGCCCACCUCAGCCUCCCAAAGUGCUGGGAUUACAAGCGUGAGCCACAGCGCCUGGGCUAAUUUUUUAUUUAAAAAAUUGUGUUCCAUUCCUCUGGCCUUCUGAUAGAGUCAGAUAUAUUGAUUUCAUAUGCUCACUCUCACCUUUGCUAGCUAGAUCUUGGGUGAGUUCCUUCCUGUUUUGAGUUUCAGUUGCUUCAUCUGCAGAUCAAAAUAGUAACAGCAUCAUAUAGGGGUUAAGGGCAUGGGUUCUGGGUCCAAGGGCCCUGGGUCAAAUCCCACUGAAUCCAUUCCUGGAUCCAGUUCAGGAUCAGUUCAUGUGCCUCAAAUGGGGCCAGGGGAUUGACUUCCAAGAGGGCUCACCCACAUGGCCAGCAAGCUGGCUGGGGCUGCUGACCAGGGGCCACGAUUCCCCUCCAUGGGGCUGCUGAUCCUCGCAGUGUGGCGGCUGGGUUCCAUGAGGGAGUGUCCUGUGAUACAGAAAGUGGCAUAUGCCGGCCUAGAUGCAGACCCUAGCACAGGGCCACUUCCACGUCUUGGUCCAGCAGUCACACAGCCUACUCAGAUCCAAGGAGUGGGGACAUAGACCCCGCAUCUUAACAGGAGGACGCUCAAAUUUGCAGCCCUCUUUAAGCUACAUAAUCUACUCCAUGGAGUUUUGAAAGGUUAAUUUAUGUAGCACCCCCAUAACCACACCUGCUAUGCAAAAAAUGCUAAAUAUAUAUUAUUACCAGUAUUAGUCCGGGCACGGUGGCUCACGUCUGUGAUCCCAACACUGGGAGGCUGAGGUGGGCGGAUCACUUGAGGUCGGGAGUUCAUGAUAAGCCUGGCCAACAUGGCAAAACCCCAUCUCUACUAAAAAUAACAAAAAUUAGCCGGGUGUGGUGGUGCGUGCCUGUUCUCCCAGGGAGAAUCACUUGAACCCGGGAGAUGGAGCCUGCAGUGAGCUGAGGCACUCACUGGGCGACAGAACGAGACUCCAUCUCAAAAAAUAUAUAUAUUACCAGUAUUAUUACUGGUGAGAACUGGGCCAGAGUAAGCUUAGAGGACUGGGAGCUGAGCAGAGGCCCUAAGCUCAGCAUGGGAUGGUGGGAAAAGCUUUCAGAAGGAGUCAAUGGUCUGACCAUCCUGGUCCCAAGUCCAGCUUCUCCCUCUGGCUGUGCAACCUCCUGCAGGUCCCUUGACCACUCUGAGCCUAAGUCUCCUGGCCUGCAAAGUGAGUAUAAUGACACUCAGCUUACAGGGUGUUUAGAAGUGUUCAUCCUGAUAAUGCAUAGGAAACAUUUAGCGUAGUUCCUGGCUCAAACUAAGUGGUAAUUAUUAUGGUUCUUAAUAAGGUAAGACCUGAAGGACAAGUUGUGGUUUAGCCAGGUUGGAGGGAGGUGGAGAGUGGGAGGUGGAGAGCGGGAGAGAGGACUGGGAGGUGAGAUGGGCGGGCAGGAUAAGAAUGGCAGGAUGUUCAAGUGCUUGAGUAGGGGGUGUGCGUGAGUUUGCUUUGAAGCUUGGAUGUCUCCAGAGGGCGCUGGGGAGCCAGGGGAGGGCUGUGAGCAGAGGGACGCAGGUUCAGCUCUGGGUAUACAAGGACCCUGGCAGGGACUGGAGGAGACUGGGCAGAGGAGGGAGACGGGGCAGGAAGAGAAGACAGAGCCUGGCCAGUGAGAACUAGGGGGAGGAGGUUUGGACUCAGAUCGACAGUGGUGACAGGGAGGGAGGAGGUAGGAAUGUUCUCCAGCAUUUGCGAAGACAGUGAAGCCGUCCUGGAGGUGUGAGGAAGUUUGGGUUAGAGGAAAGAUUCUGAGUUUAGUGGGACACAGUCCAUGUGAGGGCCUCGGGGAUGCGGAAAUGCAGCUCUGGUCUCAGGAUAGAGGCCCUGGCAGGAGAUAGCACCUGGAGACUUGGUUCUGAGGGCAACAGAGAGCCGUGGGAGGGUUUGGAGCAGAGGAGGAGCAGGGUCAGAUGUAUCUGAGGCUGCAGGCAAGACACAGUGGAAGGGGCCAGGAGGCUGGGGAGGAGGAAGCCUGCUCUGAAGCUAUGGCCAUCAGAGGUGGGGCUCUCAGAAAGGUCACCUCACCCUUCUCCAGGAAGUUCCUGGCUUUGUCUCACAAAUUUGCUACCACAUUUUUAGCUGGGAAUGUUUUCUCCAGCUUCCCCCUGGGGGUGGGGAGUGCAGGGAUCAGGCUGGGCCUCCCUGCAGAUGGGACCAGCUAAUGAAGAGAGUGGGGUGGGGUGGGCAGCUCAGCCACCACAUCGGGAUUGGGGAUCCUGGCACCUCCCUCUGGGUCUGGCUCCCUUCCCCUCCCAGGAAGCUAAGCUACCAGUCCUGUUGGACUCGUCUGACCCGGCAGGGAUGGGUGCAGUCCUGGGUCUCUCUCCAGUGUCCUUUCAGUGAGGCCAGCACCAUGGACACCCCACAGGCUCUGCCACUCUUCUUACUCCUGGCCUCCUUGGUAGGGGUCCUCACCCUCAGAGCCUCUUCUGGACUUCAGCAAACCAACUUCUCCUCUGCCUUCCCUUCGGACUCAAAGAGCUCUUCCCAGGGGCUGGGUGCGGAAGUUCCCUACAUCAAACCUCCCAGAUGGAAAGUUCAAGAUCAGUCCCUGGAUUCAAAAGCCUCUGCUGGAAUCUCUGAUUCCAGCUGGUUUCCUGAGGCCCUGAGUUCCAACAUGUCUGGGUCCUUCUGGUCAAAUGUUUCUGCUGAGGGCCAAGAUUUGAGCCCGGUUUCCCCCUUCUCUGAAACCCCUGGUUCUGAAGUAUUUCCUGAUAUUUCAGAUCCUCAAGUUCCUGCCAAAGACCCCAAGCCUUCCUUCACUGUUAAGACUCCAGCUUCAAACAUUUCUACUCAAGUCUCCAAUACCAAACUGUCUGUUGAGGCCCCAGAUUCAAAAUUCUCCCCGGAUGAUAUGGAUCUUAAACUCUCUGCCCAGAGCCCUGAAUCCAAAUUUUCUGCAGAGACUCACUCAGCUGCAAGCUUCCCCCAGCAGGUGGGGGGCCCACUCGCUGUGCUGGUGGGGACCACCAUCCGGCUCCCCCUGGUCCCAGUCCCCAACCCUGGGCCCCCCACCUCUCUGGUGGUCUGGCGCCGGGGCUCAAAGGUGCUGGCAGCUGGGGGCCUGGGGCCAGGGGCACCUCUGAUCAGCCUGGACCCUGCUCACCGAGACCGCCUGCGAUUUGACCAGGCCCGGGGGGUUCUGGAGCUCGCCUCUGCCCAGCUGGACGAUGCAGGAGUCUACACGGCUGAGGUCAUCCGGGCAGGGGUCUCCCGGCAGACUCGCGAGUUCACGGUGGGUGUGUAUGAGCCCCUACCCCAGCUGUCGGUUCAGCCCAAGGCGCCAGAGACAGAGGAGGGGGCGGCCGAGCUCCGGCUGCGCUGCGUGGGGUGGGGGCCAGGUCGCGGGGAGCUGAGCUGGAGCCGGGACGGACGCGCCCUGGAGGCGGCGGAAUCCGAGGGAGCCGAGACGCCCCGGAUCCGCUCAGAAGGCGACCAGCUGCUCAUCGCGCGCCCUGUGCGCAGCGACCACGCCCGGUACACUUGCCGUGUCCGCAGCCCCUUCGGCCACAGGGAGGCUGCCGCCGACGUCAGCGUCUUCUACGGCCCGGACCCGCCGAUCAUCACGGUCUCCUCGGACCGCGACGCCGCGCCUGCCCUCUUUGUCACCGCGGGCAGUAACGUGACCUUGCGCUGCGCCGCCGCCUCGCGGCCGCCCGCCGACAUCACGUGGAGCCUGGCGGACCCGGCCGAGGCCGCGGUGCCCGCGGGGUCGCGCCUCCUGCUGCCCGCGGUCGGGCCGGGCCACGCAGGCACCUACGCCUGCCUGGCGGCGAACCCGCGCACCGGCCGCCGCCGCCGCUCGCUGCUCAACCUCACCGUGGCGGACCUGCCCCCCGGGGCCCCACAGUGCUCAGUUGAAGGGGGUCCCGGGGACCGCAGCCUCCGCUUCCGCUGCUCGUGGCCCGGCGGGGUCCCUGCUGCCUCCCUGCAGUUCCAGGGUCUCCCCGAAGGCAUCCGCGCCGGGCCAGUGUCCUCGGUGCUGCUGGCGGCCGUCCCCGCCCACCCCCGGUUCAGCGGCAUCCCCAUCACCUGCCUUGCUCGUCACCUGGUGGCCACACGUACCUGCACAGUCACGCCGGAGGCCCCCCGAGAGGUGCUGCUGCAUCCGCUGGUGGCAGAGACACGGUUGGGGGAGGCAGAGGUGGCACUGGAGGCCUCUGGUUGUCCCCCACCCUCACGGGCAUCCUGGGCCCGGGAAGGGCGGCCCCUGGCUCCCGGAGGCGGGAGUCGCCUGUGGCUCAGUCGAGAUGGGCGGAAACUCCACAUCGGCAACUUCAGCCUGGAUUGGGACCUGGGAAAUUACUCUGUGCUGUGCAGUGGGGCGCUGGGUGCUGGCGGUGACCAGAUCACCCUCAUUGGACCCUCCAUAUCCUCGUGGAGGCUUCAGAGAGCCAGAGAUGCAGCCGUGCUGACUUGGGAUGUGGAGCGUGGGGCCCUGAUCAGCAAUUUUGAGAUCCAGGCAUGGCCAGAUGGGCCUGCUCUGGGCAGGACUUCCACCUACAGGGACUGGGUCUCCCUGCUCAUCCUGGGGCCUCAGGAGCGGUCAGCCGUGGUGCCCCUUCCACCUCGGAACCCAGGGACCUGGACCUUUCGAAUCCUGCCCAUCCUGGGGGGCCAGCCAGGGACUCCAUCACAAAGCCGGGUCUACCAGGCCGGCCCCACGUUGAGCCAUGGGGCCAUCGCCGGCAUCGUCCUGGGCUCCCUGCUGGGCCUGGCGCUGCUAGCCGUACUUCUCCUCCUUUGCAUCUGCUGCCUGUGCCGCUUUCGUGGAAAGACUCCUGAGAAAAAGAAGCAACCCUCUACCUUGGUCCCCGUGGUCACCCCCUCAGAAAAGAAGAUGCACAGUGUGACCCCAGUGGAGAUUUCAUGGCCUUUGGACCUCAAAGUCCCGCUGGAGGACCACAGCUCAACUAGGGCCUACCAAGCCACAGACCCCAGUUCAGUUGUCUCUGUAGGCGGAGGCUCAAAGACUGUUCGGGCAGCCACACAGGUGUGAUCAGAGCCAGUGGUCUGCCCUGCACAGGGCGUUUUGGGCCAGGACUUCCUAUUUGACUCCACCAGCAGGCAGGGCCUGCUAUGACUGAGGGUUGGACCCUGAAAGUGGGACUUUCUGUCUCCCUCUCUUGCUGCAGAAGAAGAGUCUUCCUGUAUUUGUGCAAGUAAGGAGAUGUGACUUCUUGGCUGGGAAACUCCUGCUGAUGUAACUCUGUGAUUUGCACAACCUCAAAGCCUCUGCACCAGACAGGCAGGGCUUGCUGUGUUGCCCUGAGCUAGAGAGGGAGCUUGGCCAUGUUCUCUGAAAAGGUCCCCCUGCAUUCACUUUGCCACCUGUAGGCCACACCCCAUCCAGCUCCCAGCAUCUUUAUCUUAAAACAGAUGAGAUCAUGUCACUCUUCUCUUUAAACGCUUCUAUGGCCUGUGCAUUUCUCUUCAGAUAUUAUCCAAACUCCUCGUUGUGACCUUCAAAACCUUGUGGUCUGGCCUCUGUUGGCCUCCCUGACCUCCCCUCCCAAUUCUUUCUCUGCCCCCCGACUCCAGUAUCACAGUCUGUCUCUCAGCCACAAUUUAUUUUGCCCCUAGAGUUUUCUGUGCUUAUAACACUUCUUUUUCCCGUAUGUCAUUCAUUUCUCAAGUCUAAGAGUAACAGUUGCCAUCUUAGACGACCGUUCCCUUACCCCUCCCUUAGUCUUGGGUUAAGUCCCAGAAUCCUUGAAUUUGCCAUUCCUGAUACAUAAAUAUGUAAUUACUUGUGUGGCCUGAGACUCUCUCUCUAAACUAAGGGCUUUACGAAAGCAGAGACCACAUCAUUAUCUCAGCACUUAACCCAGAGUCUCGCACACAGCAGGCAAUCAAUAAAUAUUUGUUGACUGAUCAAA